AAACGACGAUCCAAUGCUUCGGCGACAUCCCACUCGUGUGGAGGAGCGCGCCGACGUGGCGGCUGAGUACGAGGCCUAUCUGAUCGAGAAGGAGAGCCAGACCAAGCUCCAGAGUACGACUAGUCCACAGGAGCGAACCUUUGUUGUCGGCGCUGCUACCGAGACAAUGGCUACGAGACAAGAAACCCGGCGACAGGAAGUUCGCGCACGCAUCGGGCUGGACAACCGCCAAUAAGCUGCUAGGUACUUUGAGAUUAACGUGAGGACUGAUAAGAAGGAAGGCUCUGCGUGGCUUCGUCGGCUACCUGGAGUAAAUAUUAUAGGAGAGUGAGUACACAGGCUGUGAUGUUAUUUUGAAGAACUCGAUACGAUCGCACUAGCGUUGAAAGCGUCGAUUUUAUAAAUCGUUGCGCAGUGAAAGUGGCUCUCUACAAGCUCACCAUAUAGCAAAAAUU